CACAAAUAACAUAUCUAAAUAGUUCUUCUAGGGUUUGAGUUUGGCCCUUUGCAGAGUCCAAACCACGAUGGCAGAAGAGUCGAAAUCCAAACAAGGAAAACCAAAGGGAGACAGGAUGAGUAGUCUAUCAGAUACUUUGUUGAUCCGCAUCCUAUCAUUCCUGCCAAGCAAAACAUCUGUUCAAACAAGCAUCCUCUCCCCCAGGUGGCGCAACCUCUGGAAGCAUCUCUCAGUUCUCAAUUUAUCCGACGAAGACUUUAUCCAAUUCAAUUCCGAACCAUUCAAAAACUUCAGAAGAUUUUUCUAUUUUGUUAACUCCAUUAUCUUUGUCCUCAAGCUCUCUCAAGUUCAGAAUGUGCGCCUCUCGUGUACUAAAUCGUUCACCGGCGACACGAUGUGCAGAGCCUCAUUUAACGCUUGGAUGAUAUCCGUCAUUGGACCCAGCAUCAAAGAACUCGACCUCACUCUCUUCACUUUAGACGGUUAUUGCUGUCGGCUUCCCGUUAACCUCUCCGUCUGUACUAAUCUCGUCUCCCUCAGUCUCAAAGGUGCAUUGUGUUUUGAGUUGUCAGAUGCCAAGUCUUCUAGCUUACCAUCACUAAAGAAGUUGCGACUUGACAUCAGUCCUCCUAUCAAUGAGCCUUCUCUCAGUGUCUUCUACCGCAGCAUCUCUCCUAUGACUGUGGCUUCCCUCAAUGACUUCUUCCACGCCUGUCCUUGUCUGGAAACUCUGGAUCUUUACUUUUCUCUUGAGGAUUACGAUAGAAUUUGUGUUCCAGCUCUUUGCCUGCCAUUUUCUUUGAAGAGGUUGAAAAUCGUUGUUAAUAAUUCCGACAAAACUCAAGUGCUUCUUCUUGACAACCUCAGCAUUAGUGAUGCUGGUAAGUUGCAAAAAGCAUCUCUCUAUGCCUCAAAUGCUUCGCCCUCCACUCUAAGCAAGCUACUCCACGCCCUAUCUGGAAUAAAACAUAUAAACAUCAACAAAGGAUUAACUUUGUUUACUUGAGGAAUUAAUGUGCACUGUGAUGGAUUGGGAUUAACUUUCUUGUGUAAGAUACAACCUCAUAUUUAUGAGUUUGAUCUUCUAGACAAUCUAGUCAGCCAAACAUUUCAUGUCGUUUUACAAACAUAUAUAUUUUUGGUUUUGUUUAAUUAAUAUGCAUUUCUAAUUUAGUUUGGUUUUGAUUUUAUAGUAUUUUAAACAACUUAUGGUUGGUUUUGGGAAUUUUUCCUAUGCAAUGGUUGACGGACUCUAAAAUUUCACUAGAUUUAUCUGUGAUGUAAAUUAAUUAAUAAUUGAACAACUUAUGUUUUAGAA